AAAAAGUUAGAAUUCUCAGAGGGUGCACAGAAAUCUUUCUCGCUUACAUUUAAAGAAGAAAACCAACAGAAAAUUCAUUUCUUUUUGGCAUUUUCACGAAAAAUGCCUAUUGACGAUGAACUCUACCAUCCGCCCUAUUCGCCGACUCCCACUUCAAUACCACCAGCACCAACUCGCACUCCUCCACCACAGGAUGGCGCUCCACCAAAUCCUGUAACCUUUAUAUUCAAUGCAAUAAUGCAAAACAAUGUGGGUCUGGUUAGAGCUACCUUGAGCAGAACCCACUAUGACCUUAAUAAUUUGCGGAAUAGAGAUGGAAAGACUCCUCUGAUGGUGGCGUCGAGUGAAAAUUGCCCGGACGUUGUUAGAUACCUGUGUGGCAUUGAUACCGUGAAUCUUAGUUUGCAGGAUAACGAAGGGGAGACGGCGCUUUAUCAGGCCGCCGAGGCUGGAAACACUGAAGUUGUUGAAAUAUUGAUUCGAUCGAACGCAAACGUUGAAAUUGGGAACAAGAAAAAUGUCACGCCACUCGUAAUUGCCGCAUAUAACGGUCACGCCGAUGUUUGUCGCACGCUUAUCGACGUCGGCUAUGCCGAUGUGGAUUCCCAAGAUGAUUCGUAUAAGACUGCAUUGAUUCUGGCGUCUUACGUGGGACACACGAAGACCGUGGAAGUCUUAUCGGCUCGAGGCGCGAACGUAAACCUCAGGGACCAGUAUGGAUGGACAGCCCUAAUGCUUGCUGCAUUCUCAGGGCGUUUUGAUGCUUGUCGACUAUUGUUGAUACACAAUGCCAACAAGAACGUCACCACGGACAAUGGCAAAACUGCUGUUGUCCUUGCGAGGGAAGCUGGACACUAUGAAACCGCAAAGUUAAUAGAGGAUUUCCCAUCAGGUCUUCCUCCACAGAUAUCCCGAAUGCCAAUGCCUGUCGUCCCCCCAGAGACCGAUUCUGUUAAUUAUUUGACUUGUAAUGGUGAAUUCGAUACUCCCGUUUCGAUUCCGAGUGAUCACAAUUCUGCACCAAGAGGAAUCGUGAUGGCUUUUGAUCAAUCAAGGCUCAGGAGGAAAACGAUUCAACCCAAAAACUCCUCGGAUCGCGACGCUCGAUACUUGAGUCUCGGUGGUGCAGCGUUAAGCAACCCUCCACCUCCUCGAACUAUUACAUCCAAUGUUAAAAAAGAUAUGGAACCAAGGGAUAAAAAAACUCCGUGGGUUAUUUUCUCUUUAGCGGUCACAGCUUGUUUCUUGAAUCCUUGUUUAUCCGUAAUUGGAAAGAUGAAGGAUCCUAGUGUCCAACAGGCCUGGCGCGAGAAAGUGGCAUUAUGCUUCAUCAUUCUGUGUAUUUCGUGUUUCAUGGGAUUCUUGACUUUCGGGUUUUCUUCUCUAGCAUGCACAAGACAAACACCUCUCUUUCCACAGGACAUCGUUCGUCUGUAUGGCCCCAAUGUGACCGGCAUGAAAGUACACAUCGUUCGCGGGAAACUUUACAACACCGGAGUUUACUUUACCAGCGGUGACCAUCGACCCAUUAUUCCUUUUAAUGACGAAGAUUUGGCACCGAUCAUUUACCCAUUAUUUGGACAUGAUAUUUCGGAAUUCUUUCCACCAAAUAACAAGGAUUCCGGAUGCACCCUAAUUCCGAACAACGGAACGGGUUGCCUUCUGGCGAACUUAAGUGACAAAAGAUAUCAUUGUCACACUUCGACUGCCUCCGUUGAAACUCUCCAGAGCCUGGCAUUGGACUUGUCCGUGGGAUACACUUGGGACAAUAUCACCAACGGUUCGGGUGAAAUGUUUGUAUACAACGGAAAAGUAUACGAUAUAUCCAAUUACCUUAAGUUGCCCGCUACCGAACAAUGGCUUGGGGAUGCCAGUGUUACUAAUUGGCUCAGCAGUCUUGUCGGGAAAGACGCGACAGGUGAGAUAGUCCGUACUCAGGGAACGAAAGAUAUAGCCAAGUGCUUCGACUAUUUUUUGGUCGGUCAAAUAGAAGGCACAACCAUCGGAUGUUUCGCCACCAAUACUAUUAUUGGCCUGAUGAUUGUUAUGUUUGCCGGAAUUACUAUCAUCAAGUUUGUAUCAGCUGUAACCUUUCAAUGGCUUUUGUCGUGGAAACUCGGUAAAAUAUCAAAGAAGCCGAAGGCCGAAAAUUCUAUAUCCCGUAUAAUGAUGUUGGUCACCUGUUACUCUGAAGGUGAACAAUCCAUGCGAACCACACUUGAUUCGUUAGCUGCAACGGAUUACUCUGAUAAGCAUAAGUUACUAUUCGUAAUUGCCGACGGAGAUGUCACUGGAUCAGAAAAUGAAAAAUCGACACCGCAAAUAUGUAAAGAUUUGCUGGAGCCAUUUGAUUCGAACGCACCUCCGCCAGAAGCCAAAUCAUACAAUUCCAUAGGCGACGGUCCUAAGCAACACAACAUGGCAGAAGUUAUCAUAGGCUAUUAUAACGUCGAUAAUCAUCGAGUCCCAAUGAUCAUUGUUAACAAGGUUGGCACUCCACAAGAGAGAAAAGGUUCGAAGGCUGGAAACCGCGGAAAACGAGACUCCCAACUCAUUUUGAUGAAGUGGCUUAGUCACAUCUGUUUCGAUGAUCGAAUGAGUGAAUUGGAAUUCGAAUUAUUCGAAAAGAUUCGCAUUUUAACCGGUGUCACUCCUGACAAAUAUGAAAUGGUUCUUAUGGUGGAUGCCGAUACUCUCGUUAAACCCGAUAGCGUCGGACACAUGGUUGCUGCCAUGGAACGCGAUCCAAAAGUCAUGGGACUUUGUGGCGAAACCAAGAUUGCGAAUAAAAAUGCAAGUUGGGUCACCAGGAUUCAAGUAUUCGAGUACUACAUCUCACAUCAUCUCGGAAAAUCGUUUGAAACAAUAUUUGGUGGUGUGACUUGCUUGCCUGGUUGUUUCUGCAUGUACCGUAUCAGGGCUCCCAAGUAUGAUGGCUACUCCGUGCCUAUUCUCGCCAACCCGGACAUUGUCGAGGUGUACUCUUCAAACACCGUCGGAACUUUGCAUCAGAAAAAUCUCUUACUUCUCGGGGAAGAUCGUUAUCUCACCACAUUAAUGUUACGAACAUUUCCAAAACGCAAAAUGAUUUAUGUACCUAAAGCAAUAUGUAAGACUGUGGUACCAGACGAAUUUAAAGUUUUGUUAUCUCAGCGUCGCCGGUGGAUCAACUCAACCAUACACAAUCUAAUGGAACUUAUUUUGGUGCCACAACUUUGUGGCAUCUUUUGUUGUUCCAUGCAAUUCGUAAUCUUCCUCGAACUAAUUGGAACAGUGAUUUUGCCCUCUUCACUUAUAUUCAUGCUAGUCUUGGUUAUUUCUGCUGCGCAAGGGAACUCUGUUCUUUUACCUUUCAUAUUUAUCUUUGCCACGUAUUUCCUUCAAGCAUUCUUGGUCGUCUUCACCUCACACAAACCCGUCUAUUUAGUGUGGAUGAUCAUUUUCAUACUUGCCAUGCCGGUUUGGAACUUCAUCCUACCUCUAUACGCGUUUUGGCAUUUUGAUGACUUCACGUGGGGUGCCACGCGUAAGAUCGCCGGGGAGGACAACGGUCAUGGAGGUGGAAACAAAGAAGAAUUCGAUCUUAGCCAGAUAGAAAUGAAGAGAUGGCAAGAAUGGAAAAUGGAAAAAUCCGGAAGAAUCGAAAAAACCGUUCCGAUUCCGACGGAAACGAAUCCACAGAUAUCGCCCAGAGCAUCGUCAAUGGGGAAUUUAGGCGGAAACCAUUCCGGCUAUUCAAAUUACUCACGGCCGAUUGUAGCUCCACCAACGGUUCCGACCAUGAGUGGUGGCAGACCUUUAGGACCCAGGUUAAUGAGAUAUUCCAGAAAUGACGAAUAUUGCUAA